AUGCAGACCAUCAGCUCGGGCAGCCAACCCCGAAUCCACUAUCUCAUAGAAGAUUCGGACGUCAACCCCGUGCCGGUGAACUCGAAAGGGCCACCGACUCCGGCAACGUCGACGUCGACUGUGACGGCGACGACUGCGCAGAAGUCGUCCUCAGGGCCGUCAGGCCAACCGAUCAAGUCGUCGCUGCAGACCGUGACAGUGUCGCACAAAGAGGGCGGCGCAGAAGGGGCCUCCGUGCUGCGCUACUUCAGCUCGCUGCACUCGAACCAGGACAGUCGGCAUGCCCUGCCACGAGCGGUACAGCUUGAAGAGCAGCAACAGAUCGGCCAGCACGACUCGUCUUCGGCCAACAGGGCAACAGGUAGGCAGGGAAUGGGAGCGGCGAGAAGCAUUGUUAACUUGAGACCUUAG